AUGGCACCAGAACUUUUCGGAAUUGAAAAGUUUAAUCCUAUGAAAGCGGAUAUAUGGUCUCUGGGAGUUACUAUGUACUUUAUUGCCACAGGAAAAUACCCAUUCAAUGGGUUGGAUCAAAAAUCGAUUCGCGAUAAUAUUUUAAAAGGCCUUUAUAAUGAGGAUUUGAUUAAAGAUCCUCUUCUAAGAGAUGUAAUUGCCCAAUGCUUGGAACCAGAUGUUUAUUAUCGGGCUGAUAUAAACCAAAUAUUAAUGCACAGGUAUUUUUGUUCAGAUCAAACUGCUGAUCGACUUCAAUGCUGCAACACAAAGAAAAGCGAUUUUAUUGUGAAACCUAUCACAAAAUCUUUCUCAAAGUUGCCAAAAAUUAAUUCUCAUUCAGCAUUUCCUUCAUUUGAAUUUAAAAGGAUUAUGCUAUCAAAGCAGAAAAGCGUUAUCUAG